AGCUGUUACCAUAGCGACUGGGCCUCCGGCAGAACUCGCCAGUGCUGUACUUCCCGUCAUUCUCCAGAAGUCGCGCAACAGCAGGAGCUGUAAGAGCAUCCUUACGAGCUUCGCCAGUAACUUCAAUCUGGAGGGAGACAGAUGUGUCUGCUUAAUAGCCAGGCUGUCUGGAUGAAGCAAGAGAAAGGGGAAGUCCAGGCAUGACAAGAAAUGGCCCAGGACGUGAAGAAUUCCAGCAGGCAGGAAGCUAUGUGAAAGAAUCUUCUGAUGUCAUAAUUUCUGGGUGUCACUGGAACAUUUGAUCAUCAUUUCUUUGGCAAGUCUAUCCUUCUAUGGAAAGUCAGUAGAAGCAAUUGAUUUAUUCACCUCUACAGGAAUCAGACUUGGCCUAUUUUGGAUUUCAGUGAAUUAUGCCUUUUCGGUUUGGGACCCAGCCAAGGAGGUUUCCGGUGGAAGGAGGAGAUUCUUCAAAUGGGCUGGAAUCAGGCCUGAGCUCCAGUGCUGCCUGUAAUGGGAAAGAGACGUCACCCAAUAGGCAACUCCGAAGAUGCCCUGGAAGUCAUUGCCUGACAAUAACUGAUGUUCCCAUCACUGUCUAUGCAACAAUGAGAAAGCCACCUGUGCCAAGCAGCAAGGAAAUGCAUCCCAAAUAGCAGCAUUAAGUCUCUGUCGAGGGUUGACUAGGGUCAAGGGUAAUGGGCCGGUAUCAUCCUGUGGUCUGUCUCGUAAACAAAUAAAGGUGGUGGCACUACUU